CCAGAGUCAACAGCGAGCGAGCAGCCGGAGAAGGGAAGGAGAAGCCGGAGAGGGGAAGAAUACAGCUCCCCCUCUCUCCUUCCCCUCCCCCCAACUUUGGCCCUUCUGCGCACUUCGCCUUCAAGUCUCAGCGCAGCCUGGAGCGGCGAUUGCCUCCGCGCUCCGACUCGCUGCCCGGGUAGUCCAGCGCAGCGAGCGCCCGCGCCCGGGCCCCCGCGUGGGGCCGGGGCCAGCAUGGAGCACCUGGGUCCGCACCAUCUCCACCCGGGCCACGCGGAGCCCAUCAGCUUCGGCAUCGACCAGAUCCUCAACAGCCCCGACCAGGGCGGCUGCAUGGGGCCCGCUUCGCGCCUCCAGGACGGAGACUACGGCCUUAGCUGUUUGGUCGGAGGCGCCUACACUUACGGCGGCGGGGGCUCCGCCGCUGGGGCGGGGGCCGGGGGCACUGGCGCUUACGGCGCCGGUGGCCCAGGUGGUCCCGGUGGUCCGGCGGGCGGUGGCGGCGGUGCCUGCAGCAUGGGCCCACUGCCCGGCUCCUACAACGUGAACAUGGCCUUGGCGGGCGGCCCUGGUCCGGGCGGCGGCGGCGGUGGCGGGGGUGCUGGUGGCGCCGGGGCGCUGAGCGCUGCAGGGGUGAUCCGGGUGCCAGCGCACAGGCCGCUAGCUGGAGCUGUGGCCCAUCCCCAGCCCCUGGCCACGGGCUUGCCUACUGUGCCUGCGGUGCCGGGUGUCAACAACCUUACCGGCCUCACCUUCCCCUGGAUGGAGAGUAACCGCAGAUACACAAAGGACAGGUUCACAGGUCACCCCUAUCAGAACCGGACGCCCCCUAAGAAGAAGAAGCCGCGCACCUCCUUCACGCGCCUGCAGAUCUGUGAGCUGGAAAAGCGCUUCCACCGCCAGAAGUACUUGGCUUCGGCGGAGCGCGCUGCUCUGGCCAAGGCGCUCAAAAUGACCGAUGCGCAAGUAAAAACCUGGUUCCAGAACCGGAGGACGAAAUGGAGGCGACAGACAGCAGAGGAACGUGAGGCCGAGAGGCAGCAGGCGAACCGUAUCCUCCUGCAGCUGCAGCAGGAAGCCUUCCAGAAGAGCCUGGCCCAGCCUCUGCCUGCAGACCCACUGUGCGUGCACAACUCCUCGCUAUUCGCCCUGCAGAACCUGCAGCCGUGGUCUGACGACUCCACAAAAAUCACCAGCGUCACUUCCGUGGCUUCGGCCUGCGAGUGAGGACCCAAGGCCCAUUGAGGGCUUUCCUGAGAACCAGAACUCUCGACACCCUUUCUGACUGCACGCAGGAGGGAAAUGGGGGCUUCUGGCAAGGCUCCCAAGCACCGCCUCCACACCCCUGCGGACACUUCCUGUCUUCGGUGGAAGAGGGCUGGGGAUACAGGCAAAGACAUCUUCCCAGAGCCUGUGUGAUCCUGCCCUCACACUGGAACAGUUCAGAAUCCUCUGUUUUCCUCUAUUUCAUAAAAUUUACUGAUUUUUAACAUGGGACAGAGAGACCCAAGGGAAGUGGGGUCCGGAAGGCUUCUGGGAUCCCCAGGCAGCCAUCUGUACUAAAGCUGGAAACCUCUCUAUUCCUCUCCUCGGAGGAGAGCCCGGAGGCCCACACAGAGGUGAUACCUCUGUCCCUCCUGGUAUCACCCCAGAGCCACACACAGGGGCCUAUGGCAGAGUGUCAAUGCACACACAGGAUCAUAGCAAAUGACCCUUGUUGCGAGGCAUAGUCUGGGGUGACUCUCAGACUCAGCCAAACAGCACGGACCUCAAACACAAGGCCAUAGUCACACAUAGUGGCACACACAACAGCUAAACAUGGCCUGUCAGGUCCUCAGCCACACAUCCCAGCGUCACCCAGGUAUGCACAGACAGGCUUUCACACAAACGCAGCCCAUUUCUCCAGAUCCUGUUUGGGGAGGGGGGUAAGUUAUGCCCUUAUAAGUUAAGCGCUUAUAAGGUGUUUCCUGUGUAACCAUUUUAUAAAGUGCUUGUGUAAUUUAUGUGGAAAAAUAAUAAAACCCUCCGGAUCAGGA